AUGGGAAAUUUCUUGGGAAGUCCAGUGACAGACAAAGAGACACAUGAGGGUGAAACGAAAGAAUACAAAUAUGGAUUAUCUUCCAUGCAGGGUUGGAGAGUGCACAUGGAAGAUGCUCACAUUGCGGAAACCACCGUGUAUUAUCUUGCUGACGACGACGGCAACAACAACAAAAAAGUCACCAUACCCAACCACGGGAUCUUUGCCGUCUUUGAUGGACACGGUGGGACCUUUGCCGCAAAGUAUUCCGGGCGAAACUUUUGUCGCGUCUUGAGCAAACAGUCCAAAUGGCAAGAAUAUGCCACUCUGUUGGAAGCUUCCACAAGUGAAACCGAAAAGGGAAAAGUAGAAUCGACCAGACGGAUGCUUUUGGACUGUUUGGAACAAGCGUUGAAGGAUGCCUUUGUUGAAUUGGAUCAAGAAAUUGGUUUGGCUACGGAAGGAACCCCUGUCGAUGACGCCGAUACCCCUUAUCAUGACGAAGCACCACCACCAAAGCCGAAUGCCAACGACGGCGACGAAGAUGGCGGCGACGACGACAAGUCAUCGGAUGAAAAAGAUGUCAUGAUGCAAGCUGCCGCGGAGCAUGUCAAUACGCUGAACGAACAUGACAACCAGAAUCAAGCACUUGCCCCAGAAGAUCCUAGCGAUGACUCUGGUACCACAGCCUGUGUUGUCUUGAUAACACCCGACCACUUGGUCUGUGCCAACGCUGGUGACUCGAGAGCUGUCUAUUCCAAGAAUGGAAACAAGGCAAUUCCACUCAGUUAUGAUCACAAGCCAGAUGAUGAAGGGGAAGAGCGACGAAUUCGGGAAGGUGGUGGAUAUGUCGCUGGGGGCCGUGUCGAAGGUGAUUUGGCCGUGAGCCGGGGGUUGGGAGACUUUCGCUUCAAGAACAUGCCAACAGUCUUGGCUGGCAAUAGUAAUAAGAACAAUUCGGAUACAGAGGAUGAGCCACAGCCAGUCCAAACAAUGCUGCCAAAAGAUCAAAAGGUAUCUCCAGUACCCGAUGUCAUUGUACAGAACCGAAACCCAGAUCAAGAUGAAUUCAUAAUUGUCGCUUGUGAUGGGAUUUGGGAUGUCCGAAGCAACCAAGAAUGCGUCAUGGAGGUUGCUGAAAUGUUGGAAGAAGGUGAAUCAAAUGUCGGAUUGAUGGCAGAAGAGGUACUGGAUCGAUGUUUGGAACUACGCUCCAAGGACAACAUGACCGCAGUAAUAGUGUUAUUUCCACUGCAAAAGAUUGGUGAGGGAGGUGGUGUUGGGGCACGACGAGAAGAACGGGCAAAAGAAUUAGAAGCAGAGCGAGAACAAAGUAAAAAUGUACCACGCUCAACUUUAUAA